AUGCCACACUACUUGCCAUCGGCGGCUCCCCCACCAUCCAUCACCCCCAAACCUGCCUUAGAUCACCCGUCCAUCCUCGGCCCCCUCCCCAAAGGCACGGACAGGAGAGGGAGACCUGUCCUCUACAAGGGAGGACGGAUGAUCUGCAAUAACUUCAACGACCUCAGUUGCAGCUCCUCCAGCUGCAAACUCCUCCACACUUGUUCAUUCUGCAGGGGAGCCCACGCCAGAGCCGCAUGCCCACACAACCCGACAAAGCAACAGCUGUGUAAGCAUCUCAAUACCCCCGUUAACAUCAACACCCUAGCCACCGCCCUACAAAACCAUCCAGACACCCAGUUCGUCAACUCCCUCAUUCAGGGCUUCACCUAUGGUUUCCAUCCGGGUCUGCAGGCCACGCCUGAGUCCACUCACAUAUGCAACAACUUGCAAUCAGCCCUGUCUGAACCCACCACAGUUGACAGACUACUGCAAAAAGAAGUUGAUGACGCCUUCAUGAUUGGCCCUUUCUCCAGCCCCCCUUUCCCGUCUUUAAGAGUCAGCCCAAUCGGAGUGGCAACCAGGAAGUACUCUGGGAAAAAGAGGCUCAUCAUCGACCUCUCGUCCCCCCACAGUUCCACUGUUUCAAGCAUUAACAGCCUGAUUCCCAGCCUGGACUUUUCCAUGCAAUACGCCACCAUAGACCACGCCAUUUCCCUCAUCCGCCUCGCGGGCCAGGGAGCAUGGUUGUCCAAGGCGGACAUCACAAGUGCUUUCAAAGUCCUCCCCAUCCACCCCGACUAUUGGCACCUCUUCGGGGUCUCCUGGAAGGGCGCAUACUAUUUUGCCGUGCGUCUAACCUUCGGCUGCAAGAGCAGCCCAAAAAUUUUCGACUCAUUGUCCGAAGCCCUCUGCUGGAUUCUUUCCAACAAUUAUAAACUCCUGUACGUCAUCCACCUACUUGACGACUUCCUCACGGUCACGCCACCGUCUUCGCCCCCGUCAUACGGUCUCACCACAAUGAUUUCUGCAUUCACUGAUCUCGGCGUUCCCCUGUCUCCAGAGAAAACAGAAGGCCCAAGCACAUCCUUGGAAUUCCUCGGCAUCACCCUCAACUCCAUUACACUCCAAGCAUCUCUGCCUACUGAGAAACUCCACCGCAUUUCUCUACUCAUUCAAAACUUUCUCAUGGCCAACACAUGCACCAAACGUCAAUUACUCUCUCUGCUGGGCCAUUUCAACUACGCCACCCGCAUCAUCCCUCAGGGCCGAUCUUUCUUGUCACACCUUCUCUCCAUAGCCACCGCCGUCCCAUCCAUCCACGACCAUGUCACGCUAGACAGCGCGUGCAAGAUGGAACUAAAAAUGUGGCACCAGUUCCUCUCUUCCUGGAACGGCAUCUCCUUCUUUUACGACGUCCACGUUACAGACGCCAAUGACAUCCAGCUAUACACCGACGCCGCCCCUUCAGUCGGCUUCGGUGGUAACUACGGCGGCAGAUGGUUCCCUGCCGAAUGGCCACCCGACUUCUCUUCCCUGGCCCCUUCCUCCACCAUUUCGGAAAUGUACCCGAUUGUCAUCGCUGCCAUUCUUUGGGGGCAUGAAUGGUCCAAAAAGACCAUCGCCAUCCACUCUGACAACAGCGCCGUCGUCGACAUCCUCAACAAAGGCCAGUCACACAAUCUGGACAUCAUGCAGUUCGUGCGCAAGCUCACAUUGGUUUCAGCCCAGCACCAGUUCAUCAUCCAAGCACUCCACAUUCCAGGCCACAAAAACGCAAUCACUGAUUCACUCUCUCGUUUCAUGUUUCAGAAAUUCAGACAACUAGCUCCAGCCUCCAACCCUCUUCCAACUCCAGUCCCACCGUUUUCAGCCACAAUCUACGACUGAACCCGCAACUGGAACAACUGGUCACCACUUCACGGGACAACAUCAUCAACAGC